UGGGCACUGACUGGUGGCACUGACUGGCAGCACUGCUGGGCUGCACUGAUGGGUGGCACUGGUGGGUGGCACUGCUGGGCACAGGUGGGUUGGCACAGGUGGGCACAGGUGGGUGCAUUGCUGGGCACAGGUAGGCGCACUGCUGGGCACAGGUAUGUGCAUUGCUGGGCACAGGGGGCGGAACCUGUGUGUGACACUGCUGGGCACUGAUCAUCAGGGCACUGAUGAUCAGUAACCCUGAUGAUCGGUGCCGUUCCCUGCUCUGACAACUGCCGGUUUUCGGCAGUACUUUCCUCACGAUCUGAUAGCGUGAGGAAAGUGUCAUUGGACACGGC